AUGUCAUCUUACAGUUCACCUUUGAAGAAGACUAUUAAAUGGUAUAAAAAAGUGGCCUUUGAUAUUCUUCUAUCCACAGCAACGGUCAAUGCAUUAUCAUUAUUUAAGUCUGUAACCAAAAAUAAAUCUAUAACAAUAACUACUUUCAAAGAAGAAAUUAUCAAGCAGCUACUAUACAAACCAAAUGUUCCUCAGCCUAUUUCACCAGGCUUAAAACACUUACUAGUUACAACACAAAAAAAAAGAAUGUGUAAGCCGUGUUAUGCGCAGAAGUCGGAAAAUCUUGGUAGAUUAGAAGCUCAAAACAAAACAAGAAAAGUAUUUACUCAUUGUGAAGGAUGUAAACAACAAAUGUGUAGAGAUUGCUUUAUAAAAAAACACAAAAAUGUAUUGUAG